AUGGCUGAUCAAUAUAUCAAAGUACCUAGUAGUUCUAUUAAUAAUAAUUAUGCUAAUAUUUCAUCAAUUGGGUAUAUUGCUGAACGUACUGGUGUUCAUGCUAUUUGGGCUGACUGUGUCACUCAAACUGAAUUUAAUAAACAAGGUCAUAUUAUAAUUUCUGAAAGCGUUUACAAAGAGACGUGCGUAAAGGAUGUUAAUGAUGGGUUAAAUAAACCAAUUAUCAUUGGAUUUCCUCCAUGA